GGUGUCGGUGGAAGGUAAAUGUGGUGGUGGCUUUUAAUUAGCCGUCUCCGACUUACAACUAUAAAUUGGGGUGACAGCGGCACAGGAACAUCGGAUUCCUGCAGUCUUUGCCUCAUCGGGAAAAUGGGGAGAUCCAUUAAUGCUCUUCUCUUCUUGCUCCUUCUCCUUUGCUGUGCUGCAAUGGCAGUCUCAACCAAGGGCAUAUUUGGUGAAGAUCUUGAACCGAGAUUGGAAGAAAGAAAGAAACAUAAGCAUUCUGGGUAUUCUGAGGCAGAGUGCCCUGGCGCCUGCCAAUUUAGGUGCUCCAAGACUGCAUAUAAGAAGCCAUGCAUGUUCUUCUGCCAGAAGUGUUGUUUCAAGUGCAGGUGUGUUCCCCCAGGGACCUAUGCCCACAAGGAGGUUUGCCCAUGUUACAACAACUGGAAGACAAAGAGAGGAGGCCCCAAAUGCCCUUGACUCUUUCUGCUUCUCUAUAAGUUUCUGAUUAUCUUGGAUAUGCAGAGGACCAGCACCUCCACCCUUUUAUAUCACUCAAGAAAUAUUAGUUAUCUAUGUACUGCGUCUCUGUUGUUCUGAUGCUCUAAUGCCAUUUAUGAUCUGAUCUUUCAGACAGCUGAUGCCAUGCUGCUGUCUAAAUUAUAACUGAAAGGUUGCAUCUGCUUUCAUUUGGCACAGAAAAUGUUUCUGAUGGGCUC